AUGGCAGCCCCCAACCCCAGCGUCCCGGCCUGGGUCGCCCAGGUCGAAUCUCCGCCGGCCCCGCGCAGCAAGGUCUCCGGCGUCCCAGAUCCCCUCGGCUUCUCGUCCGGGAGCUCUGGCUCCAAGAAGAAGGAUGGCAAGCCCCAGCCGCGAAAAGCCCCGACCUCGGACGAGAUGGAAACGCUCAAGCUCAAGAAGGCGUGGGAGGUGGCCCUCGCGCCCGUCAAGUCCCUGCCCAUGACCGCCAUCAUGAUGUACAUGUCGGGCAACUCGCUCCAGAUUUUCAGCAUCAUGAUGGUCUUCAUGGCCUUCAAGAAUCCUCUCGUCGGCCUCAUGAGCACCAACCAGGCCUUUGAGCGCUUCCAGACCGAGGGCAACUCGGCCAAACUCUUCCAGACAAAGCUCGUUUACGUGGCCAUGCAGCUCGUGGCUCUGGCCGUGGGCGUGUGGAAAAUCAACGCCAUGGGCCUCUUACCGACAACACGGUCAGACUGGCUGAUGUGGGAGGCACAAAGAAACUCUUUGGAUUCUGCUGUCACGGCUCUAUAG